GAACAGGUACGUAAAAAGUAAAGUUUAAUACGCAUCGUGCUGUUAGAGAAUAAGAAUGUUCCUCCCUACUUAUCGUAUUUUGAGGCAAUAUAACAAACAAAUAAAUUCGUUUAGAAAAAAAUCAGUAAGUAGUUCCAAUGGAAGUGAAUCACCUUUAGAUGGGAUUAGGAUAAUAGAUUUAACCAGAAUUAUCGCCGGGCCCUUUUGUACUAUGGUACUGAGUGAUUUGGGUGCUGAAGUGAUAAAAGUUGAACAGCCAAACCAUGGAGACCCUUGCAGAAAAUGGGGACCUUUUAUCAACAACACUCACGAAUCUUGUUAUUUUAUUUCUAUUAAUCGUAAUAAAAAAAGUAUGUGUGUUGACUUGAAGCAUCCAGAAGGUAAAAAUAUUUUACUAGAAUUGGCCAGAAAAAGUGAUGUUUUAAUAGAAAAUUACGUUCCUGGUAAACUGGAUGAAUUGCAUUUGGGUUAUAAAGACUUUAAAAAAGUAGCUCCACAUCUUAUUUAUUGUUCAGUUACUGGUUUUGGACCAAAAGGACCAUAUCGGGAUAGACCAGGUUAUGAUGUUAUUGCAUCUUCUAUGGGGGGUCUAAUUCAUUCAACUGGGGCUCUCGAUGGGGAACCAGUUAAAGUUGGUGUUGCUAUUACAGAUAUUACUACUGGUCUGUACGCUCAUGGGGCCAUCAUGGCAGCACUUUUCAAAAGAACAAGAACUGGACGGGGACAAAAAAUAGACUGCAAUCUUCUUUCGACUCAACUAGCAACACUGAUAAAUUUGGGAUCGAAUUAUUUGAAUGUAGGCAAGGAAUCUAAGAGGUGGGGUACAGCCCAUGAAAGUAUAGUGCCUUACGAAUCAUUUCCGACUAAAGAUGGAUAUUUUACAGUAGGUGCUGGCUCUGAUGCUCAAUUUACAGAUUUUUGCAAAAGAAUAAAUCAUCCAGAAUUAUCUCAAAAUUCAAAGUAUUCAACUAAUGAACUAAGAGUGAGAAAUAGACAAGAAUUAGAACCGCUGUUAAGGUCCAUUAUGAAAAUGAAAUCCAACGAAGAAUGGAACAAAAUAUUUUUAGGGGCUUCUUUUCCAUAUGGACCAGUGAAUACAUUAAAAGCUGCUUUUGAAGAUGAGCAUAUCAAAGCAAUAAACUUGGUAAAAACACUGGAUCAUCCUGUAGCGGGUAAAAUUAAAGUUGUUGGCCCACCAGUUACAUACAAUGAAGGGGGAAAUUAUGUUAAAAGUCCACCACCAGUAUUAGGACAACACACUAAUGAAAUCCUGACUGACCUACUAAAUUUAGGCGAGGAUCACAUUGAGGAUUUAAGGAAAAGAAAUAUCGUUCAAUAGCAGUGAUAAAAAAUAUAUUUUAUAAAUAAUCUUGUAGCCAAAUAUUUUAUAAUAAAUUGAUUGUUUUUG